GUGUUUAUCACAGUUUAAAUAGUUUGUCGCUUGUGAACUGGCAUAAUAACAUAACUCGUGUGUGUUUCUUUCCUUCAGUCGGCUGGUUCUGUCGGUUAGUCCGCGUUAAGUUAGCGGUUACGUUAAGGUUUCCUAGCUUGCUAACGCUAGCGGACCGUUGGUGUUAUCGCUGGGCACGGUUAGUUUAUUGAGUCGUAACUCGACGUGUUCCCAUAGUGAUAAGGAUCUUGGAUUGCUAACUUGGGCGUCUUGCCCUUUUAGAGUCCAGUUCACACAAUCAAGGAAGGAGGCGAGCUCCAUGUUUGGGUUGGCCGGCGGACUUCGGUAGCUGACACCUGAGCGCCAGUCGACUGAAGCCCCGACACCCAAGAAUGUUCUGGUUUGUUUGUUUUGUUUGUUUGGCAGGAUAAUCGCCGCUGCCGCCCGGGGAAACAAGCGCAGGACCGUCGUGUAAUGUCAGGUGACGCCCCCUCGCUGUGCUGACCGACCGGCUUCCAGCACCAUGUCGCUGGGUGACAACCCUCACCUUCUGCUGGGGAGGAUCCGCUUCCUGAACAAGUGCAUUGAAUGUUUCAGGAGGGGAGAGCCUGUACCGGAAAGUUUAUGUUAUGUCCCGAAGGAGGUUUGUUUUAAAAUCUGCAAAGAUUCAUCAUCCGCCUCGUCUGUCUCGUUGAGCGCAGCGGUGGCCUCUGUGGGGAAAACCCUCGUCUCCGUUUUUGAAAGCCCCCAUCAGAGCCCCCACAGCAAGAAAUUAUGCAAGUACAACAUUGAACCAAAGAAAGGGACAUGUAUUCGGACUACAGGGGAGGAAUACUGCAACAGUCAGGGCCUCUGGGUCAAAAUAAAUAAGGAGCAGCUGGAGGAGCACCGUGUGGGCCAGGAGCUCGAAGAGGGCUGGAUCCUCGUGUGCAAGCACACGGAGGGGGGUGACAGGCUGGUGCCGGUGGAGUCGCCAGAGACUGUGAGCAGACACCAGCAGCUCUUCGGCUACGACCACAAGCCUUGUGACACAUGGGAGCAGGUGGUGGACGUGGAGAACUCCCUGCACAUUGGCUCUAAACCCAAGAUCGCGGAGCGUGAUGACGCUGCCGUCCAGAAGCUAAGGUAUGUGCCUCCCACCUGGACGUAUGAAUGCGACGAGGACCUGGUGCACUACUUCUAUGACCACAUAGGAAAAGAGGAUGAGAACCUGGGGAGUGUGAAACAGUGUGUGACCAGCAUUGAUGUAUCCUCAUGUUCGGAGGAUCCCAACGGGGGUGCUAGCUGUCUGACCGACGGCGACACAGAGACUUACUGGGAGAGCGACGGCAUGCAGGGACAACACUGGAUCCGCCUGCACAUGAAGAGAGGCACUGUGGUCAAUAAGCUGAUAUUGACGGUAGACUCCACAGAUGACAACUACAUGCCCAAGAGAGUCACAGUGUAUGGAGGAGAGGGGGACAAUCUGAAGAAGCUGAGUGAUGUCACCAUAGACGACAAUCUAAUUGGAGAAGUGUGUGUUCUGGAGGAUAUGACAUCACACCUGCCGGUCAUUGAGGUGCGGAUAGAGGAAUGUAGGGAUGAGGGCAUAGACGUUCGGAUCCGAGGCUUGAAGAUCAAGUCGUCGUGUGAAAGGGACCUGGGUCUCAACGCUGAUGUCUUCCAGUCCUCCAACCUGGUGCGCUACCCGCGUCUGGAGGGAACUGAGCCCGACGUCCUCUACCGCAGAGCGCUGGUCAUCCAGAGGUUCAUCUCUCUCCUGGACAGUUUGCUGCCACAUUUAGUACCAGCCUGGGACUACAGCCUGGGCACCUUCAACCAGAUCAAAAGCAUAAAGCAGUUCAUGCUGCUGUCCAAGCGCCGCUCAGCCCUCAUCACCCAGUGCCUGAAGGACUCGGAGACCAGCAAGCCCAACUUCAUGCCCCGCCUCUACAUCAACAGGCGCCUGGCCAUGGAGCACAGAGACAACCCCUCCCUGGACCCCAGCUGCAAGAACGCCGUGUUCAUACAGGUUUACGAGGGUCUGAAGCCAUCUGACAAAUUUGAGAAAACUUUGGAUUAUAGGUGGCCGGCUCGGUACGACCAGUGGUGGGAGUGUAAGUUCAUUGCAGAGGGAAUCAUCGACCAGGGCGGAGGCUUUCGGGACAGCCUGGCAGACAUGUCAGAGGAGCUCUGCCCCAGCUCAGCAGAGUGUCCCAUGCCUCUGCCGUUCUUCACACGCACUUCCAACCAGGGCACCGGUGAGGCGAGGGAUUACUAUGUCCCCAACCCAUCCUGUAAAGAGUUCCACAAGUUCGAGUGGAUCGGCCAGCUCAUGGGAGCUGCUCUGAGAGGGAAGGACUUCCUGGUCUUGGCUCUCCCUGGGCUCGUGUGGAAGCAGCUGACUGGAGAGACAGUGAGCUGGACUAAAGACUUCCCGGCUGUAGACUCUGUACUGGUGAAACUGCUGGAGGCCAUGGAGAGCAUGGACCCGGAGACGUUUGAGUUUAAGUUUGGCGACGAGCUGGUGUACACCACCCUGCUGAGCGACGGCCAGAUGGUGGAGCUUAUCCCCGGCGGCAGCAACGUGGCCGUUCGCUACGAGGACCGCAGGGAGUUCAUCCGCCUGGUGCAGAAAGCUCGGCUGGAGGAAAGCAAGCAGCAGAUUGCUGCCAUGCAGGCGGGGCUGCUGAAGGUGGUUCCUCAGGCAGUGCUGGACCUGCUCACCUGGCAGGAAGUGGAGAAGAAAGUGUGUGGAGACCCUGAGAUCACCGUGGAAGCCCUGAAACGACUCACACGCUACGAGGACCUGGAACAAACGGAUGUCAGAGUGCAAUACCUGUGGGAAGCCCUGAUGAACUUCACUAACGAGGAUCGCAGCAGGUUUUUGAGGUUUGUGACCGGUAGAAGCCGUCUUCCUGCCCCCAUCUACAUCUUUCCCGACAAACAGGGCUCUGAAACAACAGAUGCACUUCCACAGUCCUCCACAUGUUCCAGCACCCUUUAUUUACCCAACUACCCAAGUGCAAAAGUUUGCGAGGAGAAGCUGCGUUAUGCUGCUUACAACUGCGUGGCCAUCGACACAGACAUGAGCCCCUGGGAGGAGUGAUCUGCUCUGCACGACACUAAUGCAGCUCCACACACCCCAUCCCAUAUUAACCACCGGCUCGCAGAAGACCCUGGCCAAGUUUAUCAUCGUAUCUACACAACUGCCAAUCAGUCCUAGCUGUAUAUAAAUAAAGAACUAUAUGGAAUCAUGGAAAUGA